CUCAACCCCGCACCCUCUCUCUCACACGCACACAAAUACUCCACACACUUCUCUCUCUCUCUCUCUCUCUCUCUCUCUCUCUCAUAUCUUUCCUUCUUUUGUUGGGUCCCUCCGCCUGCAAACACAGCAAACUCUGCCGGCUUUUAUUAAAUUCUUCCCGAACCAGCGACCUACUCAUCGCUUUCUUUUUCAUCACCAUCACAACCUCCCAUCUGGCUCUCUCUCGCUCUUCUUCAGCUGCUCUUUUAUACUUCUUUGGGGCUUUGCAUGUCCGAGUCUGUCGGUAACCCCGAGACCUGGCUUCCCUUGCCGCUGAAGUUUCUCACUAACGAAGACAUACUCAUGGACAAGGAGAACUUCAACAAAAGCGCACCGAGUUUCAGGUUUCCCUCCGAUUUUCCGUACGAUUUCGAAUCGUUUGGUUCUAACUCGUCUCUCAGCUCGCCAGUCGAGUCCGUGGCGAGUUCGACAGAGACUGAAAGCAGCGACGAGGAGGACUUUUUUGCCGGGUUGACUCGCCGCCUGGCUCAGUCCUCGUUACACGAAGCUCAGAAGCUCACCGUUCCAAGUCUAUCUCGGAACAAACGGGAGUGUGUAAUUGCCGGGUCGCCUCAAUCGACUCUGACUGGAAUCGGGAGCUGGUCCGGUCGCAGUGCUGUUUCGAGCAAUGGAAGCCCUAACGGUACCUCUCGGUUCCCAUCACCGCCAACGACACCGUUUGGUGCUAGCAACGACACCUGGGAUCUCAUAUAUGCAGCUGCUGGGCAGGUUGCGAGGUUGAAAAUGAGCGGUGAGUCUCCCAAGUACAACUACGAGAACAGAGGACUUCUGGCACCUCCUAAGCUUACAACUCCGACCUCCACGGCGAAGGGCUGCAACAUUGGGUUGUACUCCAACCACGGUCUCGCUCACAAUCUUCCACAGACGACUCUGUCUCAGCACGUCAGGCAGGACCAGGUGCUCAAGCCCCAGCGCGCAGCUUCCAUCUGGGGAAGACAGCACCAAGAGAAGGCGGGCUGGUCAACUCAGCAGAACCAACAAGAGCUACAGAGUCGGAACUGUGCGAGAAAUACUGGGUUCCAGAGUGGAAGAUGUGGGCGCCCUGUGAGUACUAUUCCCCUAUCUGCAUGGCCUUCGCCACAUUCUCAACCUCAAAAUCAACCGCCACGCCACACUGGUCCCGGUAUUCGACCUGUUAUCCUCAGUGGAUCUAGUGGGAAGAGGGAGUGCGCUGGAACUGGGGUUUUCUUACCCCGUAGAUAUGGCAGUUCUCCGGACGUUCGCAAGAAAACAUGUUGUCCAGCAAUUAUUGUCCCGGCCAAGGUUGUUCAGUCCCUUAACUUAAACUUUGAUGACAUUAGUAGUCACUCUCAGCCACGCUACCAUUUCACCCUUGAACACGAUUUCGUGAUGACCGGGGGAAAUGCCCUCAUGACGCAGCAAAGGCGGAGUAUACGGCCGGAGGGGUCGGUUAGUCAUGAAAUACGCCUGCCUCAAGAUUGGACGUACUGAGAGUCCUAUGUUUGCCCCCGAUGGAUAUGUUUGUUGGACACGAGCAGUAAUAAGAGUGUAGAAGUUUGUAAUAGGAUAUGGGUAUUUUGGUUUUGUAAACAAGGAAAUUCAAGAAUCCGAGUGCAGUUGUUUGAUUGCAAUAAAAGAUGCAGCUUUUUGAGGACGUCGACGCAGCUAUCGUGUACAAGUUUUAAGGUGAAUUAAUUGGAGGGGAGGCAGAUAGAGGUGCCAUCUUCUUGUAAUAAAUGGGUAGAAAAUGUGUUAUUUGGGUUUGGGUUAGAUGAGGUUGUUCUUGAGGUGUAACUGCAAGCCUCUUUUGUAAUAUCCCCAGCUGGAAAGAUUUUAGUAAUAAGAAAAGCUCGAAGUUAUGAC